AUGGAGAAGCCAGCUCGCAGCUUCGGCGGGAGCUCGUCGGAGGACGCGGGGACGCCCCUGCUGCUGCCGGUGCACCGCGACGACGACGCCGCGACCACGGCGUCGUCGCGCCUGAGGGCUCUGCUCGCGCACAAGUACCCUGCGAUCGCGUCGGGGCCCGUGGCGUGCGCGGCCAUAUGCGCGCUCGUGGACCUCGGCGGCGCGCACGGCGCGGCGCCGCGGAACAUGCUGGGCGUGCUGGCGUGGGUGUUCCUGUGGUGGGCGACGGACGCCGUGCCCCUCGCCGUGGCGUCCAUGGCGCCGCUCUUCCUGUUCCCGGCCUUGGGCAUCUCCUCCGCCGACGCCGUCGCCAAGGCGUACAUGGACGACGUCAUCGCCCUCGUCCUCGGCAGCUUCAUCCUCGCCCUCGCCAUCGAGCGCUACCACAUCCACCGCCGCCUCGCUCUCAAUAUCACGCUGCGGUUCUGCGGGGACCCGGUGCGGCCGUCGCUGCUGCUGCUGGGGAUCACCGGCACGACGGCGUUCGUCAGCAUGUGGAUCCACAACACGGCGUGCACGGUGAUGAUGAUGCCUGUGGCGACGGGGAUCCUGCAGCGGUUCCCGCGGGGCGGAGGCGCCGGCCAGGGGGAGGGGGAGGAGAAGCAGGAGGUGCGGCGCUUCUCCAAGGCGGUGGUGCUGGGCGUGGUGUACGCGUCGGCGGUGGGCGGGAUGGCCACGCUGACGGGCACCGGAGUGAACAUCAUCCUGGUGGGGAUGUGGUCGGCCUACUUCCCGGAGAAGGAGCCCAUCACCUUCAGCUCGUGGAUGAGCUUCGGCCUCCCGAUGGCGCUGCUCAUGUUCUUGGCGCUCUGGGUCACCCUCUGCUUCAUGUACUGCUCCAACAACACCGGAAAGGCGCUCUCUGCCUACCUCGACGGAACCCACCUCAGAAGGGAGCUCAGCUUGUUAGGUCCAAUGGCUUUCGCGGAGAAGAUGGUCUUGGCUGUGUUUGGGGGUCUAAUUGUGCUAUGGAUGACCAGGAACCUGACAGAUGACAUUCCUGGGUGGGGAGUUCUCUUCCACGAUCAAGUUGGGGAUGGAACAGUCACGGUAAGAGCACAAGAUAAUCAUAAAGUUGCUGAGCUACUAUACACAGUAUAUGGAGGAGCAAACAAAUCGCUUGCGACGCAGAUCAUGAUGGCCACGUUGCUGUUCAUAAUCCCGAGCGGGAAGAACGGGGGUGAGAAGCUCAUGGACUGGAACAAGUGCAGGAAGAUCCAGUGGAACAUCGUGCUCCUCCUCGGCGCGGGCUUCGCCAUCGCCGACGGCUUCAGGACCAGCGGCCUGACCGGCAUCCUCUCGGACGGCCUCAGGUUCCUCGAGGGCGCGCCGACGCUGGUGAUCGUGCCCGUGGCCUGCGUUUUCAGCGGGGUCAUCACCGAGUUCAUGUCCGACGACUCGACCACCACGCUGGUGCUGCCUCUGUUCGCUGAACUGGCCAAGUCCAUCGAGGUGCACCCGGCGCUGCUUAUGAUCUCCGGCGCGGUCGGGGCCCAGCUGUCGUACUUGUUUCCCAUCGGGUCGCCGUCGAAUGUCGUCGGCUUCAGCACCGGCCACAUCACCAUCAAGGAUCUGGUGGCCACUGGGCUGCCCCUCAAGGUCGUCGGAGUUGCAGCUCUGACGGUCUUGCUACCAACACUAGGGUCAGUGAUUUUUGGCAUGGAUAAAAGUCCUAGCUAG